AUGAACAGCAGCCUCAACUCCUCUGGGGCGUUCAGCCUCCGCAAAUUCUGGCUCAGUUAGUGAUCUGAAUCGAGUGCAAGAUCAGCUCGUUCGAGCAGGAGAUUGACAAGACUGAAGCGCAUCUCGAGGCCGACCUGCGUGCUGCUCGGAAUUUCGGCAUGCUCACGCCUUUACUCUAGUCCACGAGGGAGAAGAUUAGGACGCCGAUCAGCCGGAUGCGACCGAGAUCUACCCUUAGCAGCUCGGGGAGGACUAGUACUGGGAGGCGACUCGUUGCGCAAAGCGAGUUUCGCUUGUCCAGAUCCCUUUGUCUAGGCUCCAACGCAGGCCGUCAGGUCAUUCGCACCAGAGUUACGAUCCGGAAAGCUCUUGCCGCCGCUUGACGCGUGCUGGUAUUCCCUGUGCGGUUUGAAUGAUGGUGGUCCCGUUUGUAUCUGAUUUGUUUGUUUUGAAUUUUUCAAUUGUGACGGAAUUGCCACUGUGUAGAUCGCAUGAAAGCC